CUAGUCCUCAAGGGGAUUCCUGAGAGCAUGAGAGAGCUCUGGCUGCUUUUCUCUGGGGCAAUCAACGAGAUGGCUACUCACCCUGGAUACUACGAAGACCUGGUGGAGAAGUCGAUGGGCAAGUACAACCUGGCAACAGAGGAGAUUGAGAGGGACCUGCACCGCUCUCUCCCUGAGCACCCGGCCUUUCAGAACGAAAUGGGCAUCGCUGCUCUCCGCAGGGUCCUUACUGCCUAUGCAUUCCGAAAUCCUAAUAUUGGAUACUGUCAGGCUAUGAAUAUUGUAACAUCUGUGUUGCUGCUCUACGCCAAAGAAGAGGAGGCUUUCUGGCUGCUAGUAGCACUCUGUGAGAGGAUGCUGCCUGACUACUACAACACCAGAGUUGUAGGAGCCCUAGUUGAUCAGGGUGUGUUUGAAGAACUCGCGCGGGAAUACGUUCCACAGCUGUACGACUGCAUGCAGGACCUUGGAGUCAUCUCAACAAUUUCUCUCUCCUGGUUCCUCACCCUGUUCCUGUCUGUCAUGCCGUUUGAGAGCGCAGUGGUGGUGGUGGACUGCUUUUUCUACGAUGGCAUCAAAGUCAUAUUUCAGCUGGCACUCUCUGUGCUGCACGCUAACAUUCACCAGUUGCUGGGCUGCAAGGAUGACGGCGAGGCCAUGACCGUACUGGGCAGGUACUUGGACAGUGUGACCAAUAAGGACAGCACUUUACCUCCCAUCCCCCACCUGCACUCCUUACUAACAGACAACGGAGAACCACAUCCAGAGGUCGACAUCUUCAAACUGGUCCGCAGCUCCUACGAGAAAUUUGGCUCCAUCCGUGCAGACGUGAUUGAACAGAUGCGUUUCAAACAAAGACUGAGGGUCAUCCAAACCAUCGAAGAUACAACUAAACGCAAUGUGGUCAGAACUAUUGUAACAGAGACUGCCUUCAGUAUUGAUGAGCUGGAGGAGCUCUACGUGCUCUUCAAGGCAGAGCACCUGACCAGCUGUUACUGGGGUGGCAGCAGCAACCCCACAGAGCGUCACGAUCCCAGCCUGCCCUACCUGGAGCAGUACCGCAUUGACGUAGAACAGUUUAAAGGCCUGUUCAACCUGCUGUUCCCCUGGGCCAACGGAGCCCACUCAGACCCACUGGCUGUGCGCUUCUUCCGGCUCCUCGACCAAAAUGGAGACGCCCUCAUCAACUUCAGGGAGUUCAUCAGCGGCCUGGGUGUUUUAUGUCACGGAGACCUCACUGAGAAGCUGAAGCUCCUCUAUAAGAUGCAUGUUUUACCUGAAAUUACUCAUGAACAGGAGGAGCCUGACUCUGCCUUUGAAGCCACUCAGUACUUCUUUGAAGACAUCACUCCAGAAACAUCAGUUGGUCAUGACUCAAAGUGCAGAAGUGAGAAGGAUGACGGCUUUGUCAGAGUUACAUUUAAGACUGAGAAAGUCAAGAAACUGAACACUCCUGAUUACCGCCACUACCUGAAACUGUGGAACCAGGAGACCAAGCCCAAACGAGAAAACACGAAAGACCUCCCCAAACUGAAUCAGAGCCAGUUCAUUGAGCUUUGCAAGACCCUCUACAGCAUGUUCAGUGAGGAUGUUGCAGAACAGGAGCUGUACCAUGCCACGGCCACAGUCACCAGUUUGCUGCUGGAAAUGGGAGAGGUGGGAAAGCUCUUCUCCUCCUCCUCCUCCAGUAGAAAGGACCACAAUAUGGAGGGUAAAUCAGAACCAAGCAUGUGCAUGAGAGAUACCGCAGAUCCCAAAACCACCCGGGAGGCCGGACCUGAUGGUAUGUUCCAGCAGGGGGACUGUGGAGACACUUUUGUCCGUGCAGGGCUAGAGAACAAGCCGAGCCCCUGUGAGGAGGGGAAAGGGGACGAAGGGAACGAGCAGCUGCCACCUAUGCAAGACAUCAAGCUGGAGGACUCGUCCCCCAAAGACACAGGCACGUCCUCUGCCAUGCUCAUCUCAGAUGAUGAAACCAAAGAUGACACUUCAAUGUCAUCUUACUCAGUGCUCAGCGCAGGCUCCCAUGAGAUGGAUGAAAAGCUGCAGUGUGAGGACAUUGCAGACGACACAGUGCUAGUGCGCAGCGACAGUGGCACCAACGGUGAAAGAAGUAACCGGCCUCACAGCAGUGGUCCCCUCGACAGAGGGCUGCCUCACAGCACUAGCAUUGACAAAGACUGGGCCAUCACGUUUGAACAGUUCCUGGCCUCUGUGCUCACUGAGCAGGCGCUGGUGCAUUAUUUUGAGAAGCCAGUGGAGGUGGCAGCGCGUAUAACAAAUGCUAAGAAUGUUCGUAAGGUCGGGCGCCCCCUCCUGUCAACAAGUGACUAUGAGAUCUCGCUAUCUGGCUGAAGUCUCACUGGAGAUUUCACAAAGACUUUUUAAAGGGAAAGACAAUUAUCAGUCGGUGGUGUAAAAAUGUUUCUGUGAGUUUUAGAGGACAAGGAAGGUAAAUGUAAAAUGUAUGUGUAUGAUAGCUGAAUGAAUGUGACCAAAAACUGCUCUUAGCAAUGUAUUUUAUCAGAUGUGAAAGACUUUUAUUAUAACAAUCACUAGAUUCUGUCCGGCUAAGAGGGAACAGGAUAUUAAUAUUAAGGUUUGCUCAGAUGAAAUCAGUGCGUACAUGUAGUAGCUGUACUUUAUAAGACAUUAUGCAUAGGUGUUAAUAUUGUAAUCUCUAGUACUCUUGUAGAUAUAAAUGUCCACAGAUACAGUCCAGUUCCAAACUGGGAUAUUGAUAGUCUACAGUACAUACGAUCACCUAACAUUAUAUCAGGUCAAACUAUUGCUUCCUUACUUUAUGAUUCCAUUUGCUGCUAAUCAAAACUUUUUUUGUUUCUCACUUGAUGACAGUGUGGAAAAUUACCAAGCAAAGCUGUGAAAAUUCAGUGGUUGAGUGAAUUUUCAUGUGUUAUCGUGUAAACUCUCUUUAGCUCCUCAUCACUUUAAUGCAGUGUGUCACUUUGGCAGAAACUACUCUCUUUUUCACAUACAUACCUACAUAAUGACUUCCUGGAUAGUCACCUCCCAAAAUAAUGUUCACAAUAAUUGUUGCAGUUUAUUUUCUAAUAGUAAUAAUAACAAUGAUGGAAAUGGCACAAAAAAAUUAUACCACAAUUUUGUGAAAAAUGUUUUGGUGGUUCAGGAACUCAAAGGAAGGUGUGUGUUCUAAGAAAAGAUGAUUACACUAACAAAAUGCUUUUGAAUGAAGAGACUGCACUUUCUUUAUGUUUACAAUAAUGUGAUCCACUAAUAUGUACUUGCUUGCCUUUCGCCUAGCUAUUGUUGUCUGCACUCCCAACUGAAAUUUUGCCUUUUUUCCUUUUUUUAAAAACACGUUUUUACCUUUUUGCUCUGUACAUUUUUUACAUUGCUGUUUUUAAGUUGUUUUUAUGUGAAUACUUUUUAUGUUAAAUGUCUAGGUGUUGUUACUCUGGAUUCUGAAGCAUUGUGUAUCACUCCAUUUAAUUAAAAUGACAGUAUGAUUGAUUCAAUGCUGCACAGUA